CUCCUCACAUCACCACUGAUUUCUGGACCAUGGAACUAGAGAGAGCAGGCGGGCUGGCGAUUCACAUCAUUCUAUCAAAACUCGAGCCUGAGAAUGUAGCCACGAUGGCCUGCGUUAACCGGAGGUUUAGAAACUGGGUAUUCGAGGACGACUCCCUCUGGUCUAAAUUCUGCUCCGAGGAACUCGGAUUGUCUUCACCUCAGGACCCACUGGGCAAUCCUACCUCUUCCUUCAGGGUCUCUUAUCAAACAUGGAGAGAAGAUUUCAAUAUGUACCCAUGGUCCUUGGUUAUAAGAGCCAAUAGAUGUUGGAGUAGGAUAAGAGGCUGGAUAGAAGUUAAUUUACCUGAGGUUUUGCCUACCUUACGUAAAGGUGCAUCUGAGGACCAAAUAAAGCACUUGGAGGAGUGUUUAAAAGUGAAAUUGCCUCUUCCCACAAGGGUCCUAUACCGGCUUUGUGAUGGUCAGGAAACAAGUAAAGUGGUCAAUGAAAGCACAAACGGACAUAUAAACUUGUUGGGCUUGAUUGGUGGAUACUCUUUCUAUGGCCAUCUAGUGAAUGUUUCCUUGUUUCCUUUAUGUAAAGUCAUAACUGAAUCUAAGGAUAAUACACGUUAUUUGGGAAACGGCAAUAGACUGAAGUCACUGAGCUAUAUUGCUGUAGCAUCUUCUACUGUGGGUGUUGAAAAAGCUUUUUACUUGAAAUGUUCAACUGGGCAACUCUAUGUGGGUGCAUGGAAUUCAUAUACUGAUGGAGAAAUGUUUCCUUGUGUACCACACUCUUUAUUGGGUUCUGUGCAUGAUAAAAUGUGCAGCCAACAACAAGAUGCAAUGUUACUAUGGCUAGAAGAAUAUGGUCGACUUUUAGAAAAUGGAAUUGUGAAGGUUAGAACAGAAGGAAACAUUAGAAGCAUCAGUCUUUAUCCAGAACAACCUCCACUUUGUUCCGAGACUGUGACAAAUGGUGUUAAGGUUCGUGCAUCUGCUGUGUUUGUCCCAGAGUCCUGCAGCCUUCACCAUGAUUCUGAGAAAUAUACUUUUGCAUAUUCUAUCCGCAUGUCUCUUUCACCUAAAGGAUGCAACAUAGAUGGAAUGAAGUUUAGUUCUUGCCAGUUGUACAAGAGACAUUGGAUCAUCCGUGCCAAUGAUGAUAUUACACAUGAUGUUAGUGGAGAAGCAGUUGUCGGAAAGUAUCCACUCCUACUACCUGGUGAGGAAGAAUUUGUAUACGAGAGCUGCACAACUCUAUCAUCUUCAUCAGGUUCAAUAGAAGGUCACUUCACUUUUGUUCCUGGGCGCUUAGCAGAACCAGAAGGCACUCCAUUUGAAGUCGAAGUGGCUAGAUUUCCGCUUCAGUUGCCAGACUACAUAUUCUAAUUGCAAAUUCUGGGAACAAACCAUAUUUCACGAUGGAGCGUGGUAGACAUUCUGUAGAUGUGGGUAAUCUCCAACGCAACCGCAAGAGGGAGAUUGCAUCGACUCGAUCUACUUCACGCAAAGGCAAAGGUAAAGCGCGGGCCGAGUCUUCUUUUCAAAGUCGAGAUGAUUUUGAAACGGAUUACCAACGGCGAAAUGGUAUGAUGAUGUCCGACGAGGAACUACAACACCUAUUGUCCCAAAAUGAUCCACGUUUUGCACAAGAACAACAAUUCCCGACAACCAUCGAUGAAGAGGAGCUCGAGGAUGACGAUGGGGAGGAGGACUCGGGGGGCGACGGGACUCCGGAUGAUGAGCAAGAGGACGAGGGCCCUUCAACGACUACAACCCAAAUUGGUAAGAAAUCUAAAUCUCCUAUUAUUGAAAACAAUUAUACAAAAAGGAAAGACGAAAAACCGAAAAAUGGUACGCAAGUUGCAAUCAUUGCAAGAAAGAGUUUAGCUUGGGAAUUUCUGGCGGAUACGGGAGUCUCAAAAGACAUCUUAAGUCCGCCCACUUUGUGGAGUAUGCGAAAAUAGACAAAGGAAAGGGGAAGCAAACACAAAUAUCAAGGUUUGCAAAUUCUCAACCCUUUGGUAAUUUUUCCUAUGAUGAUAAAAAACAUUUGACUAUUAUGUCUCAUUUAAUUGUUGAAGAAAAUUUACCCUUUAUUUUUUCCGAAAGUCUUGCUUUAAGAGAUUAUGCUCAAGGUACUUUAAAUCCUCAAUUUAGAAAUUAUAGUCGCAAAACGAUUAAAAAAGAAGUUAUAAGGCAAUAUAACUUGAAAAAAGAAAAAUUACAAAUAUUUUUCGCAAACUUUGAUGGACGUGUUAGUAUUUGUAGCGAUAUAUGGGAGGAUACUUAUCAUCAUUUAUAUUAUUUGGGUCUAACUGCACAUUAUAUUAAUGAUGAUUGGAAUAUGCAUAAACGUGUUCUUGCUUUUCGUGAAUUCAAUGAUCGUCACACUGCUGAUAAUAUUUAUAUUCUCAUUGAACGUAUUUUAAUUGAGUAUAAUUUGAUUGAUAAGGUGUUUGUUGUAGGUUUUGAUAAUGCUAGUAAUAAUACUGCUGCUAUACCUAGAUUACGUGAAUUGUGUGGUGCUUCUACAUUGAUGGGUAGAUUUUUUCAUCAACGUUGUGCAUGUCAUAUUCUAAAUUUGUGUGUACAAGAUGGCUUAGCGGCAUUAGGAAAUGCUUUGGAGGUAGUCAAGGGGGGAAUUAAAUUGAUUUGGGCUAACACUCCACUAAAAAUGCAAUGGCGGCAAUAUUUGAAGGAUAGACGUGUGAAUUAUUGUGCUUUUCCUAAAGAUUUGUCUAUUCGUUGGAAUAGUACUUAUAAUUUAAUUCAAGUACUUGUUAGAUAUAAAGAUCAUUUUCCAGCUUUUUUAAGACAAACUUGUAACUAUAUUAUAAACCCGGCUGACAUCGACACUUGUGAAAAAAUUGUUAAUGUUUUGGCAUAUUUUAAUAACGCAACUCUAACUUUUAGUCAUGUUUAUAAACCUACCGCAAACGAAUUUUUUGUUGAAGCUGUUAAUCUCGCCGGCGCUUUUUGUGAAUUUUUCGACGCCACUUACGUUAGUUAUUUUUGUGAUUUCAUGAAACAAAAGUUUUUAAAAUAUUAUUCACAUAUUCCGCAUAUAUAUGGUAUUGCAUUUGUUCUUGAUCCUCGUUAUAAACUUCCUUACUUGGCAAAUUGUAUAGAUUACUAUUAUGCUUCUUUUUUUCCAACUCAAGAGUUCGAUGAUAAUCUCAUCGACCCUAAACAAGAAUUCAACGAGGUUAGUAAUUUAUUUCAUCAAUUGUAUAAUGAAUUUCAUGCACAAUAUGGUAAUGCACCCCCUCCCAUGCAACGAACAUCUUCUUCAUCUAAAGGAAAAUCACUUUUAAAAUCCGCUUUUGGUUCUCUUUUGAAAAAAAGUAGAGCAACUCCCGCUACUGAACAAAGCUCAGGUAACGAGCUUUCUUUGUAUCUAACAUUGAAUGUUGAUUAUGAAGUUGGUGAUGACUUUGACGUUCUUAAGUGGUGGAAGGAAAAUGAAAGAACAUUCCCGAUUUUAUCAAAGAUGGCUAAGCAAGUACUAGCAAUGCCGAUAUCAACCGUUGCCGUGGAACAAGAAUUCAGUGCGGCCGACAACGUCCUAACCGAUUAUAGAACGAGGUUGAGCCCGAGCUCUCUUGAGACACUAGUUUGCUUUCACGAUUGGUUGAAGGCCCAACGAAGAACUCAAGAAAUUACCAUCACUCCCUCCCGCCACUUUAUGGAGGAAACAACCGAAGGCGGAGAGUCCGAUUGAUUUUUUAUUACAAAAUGUAUUACAUUUUUUAAAUUCAUCCUAAUUCUCAAUUGUACUUCUUAUUUGAAAUAAAUAUACUUCAAUUCAAAUAUAAUAUAUUGUAAUUGUAAUAAGAAUU